AUGGCUGGCGCCACAAAGAGCGGUGGUAUACAGCCGCUUCCCCCUCCGAGCACGGCCAGCGAGAGCACGAAUCCCCUGCUCCAACCAUCCCCAUCCUCCACCGAGGACGACGCCUCCUCCGUCCUCAGCAGCCCGGCCUCUUCCUACCGCUCCGACUCACCAAGUCCCUCCUUCAGACGUAGGCACCGCGCUGCCCUCAUCACGAAACGAAAUGUCUCCUUCAUCGGUGCCAUGUUGGCUGCCCUCUGCGCUGGCUCCAUAACAGCUUUCUCGCUGUACGGCCAUCUCUUCCAGGAGCGCCUGCACUACACCCAGUACCAAGUCAAUGGAAUAUCCAUCGUUGCAUCCUUCGCGCUCUACAUCCUGGUCCCAUUCUUCGGCUACACAUGCGACCGCGUUGGGCCUGCGCCGCUCGCCGGCUUGUCUGCCGUGCUGUUCGGUGUUGGCUACGGCCUGGCGGCCGGACUCUACAAGCAGGGCGAGGCAGAUGGAUCAAAACCGGGGAAGCUCUCCUACGCCCUGAUGACCGUUGCUUUCGUCUGCAUUGGAAUGGGCUCUUGCGCCCUCUAUAUCAGUUCGGUCACCACGUGUGCCAAGAACUUUGGAAAGGGCAAGCAUCGUGGGCUAGCGCUGGCGAUGCCUAUCACGGCUGUUGGGCUGAGCGGCAUGUGGCAGAGUCAAGUUGGCAGCCGCUUGCUGUAUGAGCGCAAUCCUGACGGAAGCAAGGGAGAUGUGGAUGUCGUCUCCUUCUUCAUAUUCCUUGCAAUCUUGCUCUUUGUGGUGGGCACGAUCGGGUCUUUCACCAUGAAGGUCAUUGAUGAGCAGGAUCUCAUUGACGAAGCCGUGGAGGAGCUCGAGAGGAGUGGCCUCCUCGAUGGCAGCGCAUUGUUCACGCCAGGGCGCACUUCUGCUGGUGGCUAUGGCACGAUCGAGAGGUCCAACCCGCUGGAUGAUGAGGAAAACGCCAGCCUGUUGGAUCCAGCCAAGGAUUUUGAGGAUGAUGCAAGGUUCAAGAAAAACUGGGUUCUCAAUGCCGAGACUCGACGAUUCCUGAACGAUCACACCAUGUGGUUCCUCGCGGCUGGGUUCUUCUGCACGAUCGGGCCCGGUGAGGCUUUCAUCAACAACAUGGGUACCGUCAUCAAGACUCUUUAUCCGCCGACUGCCAUUCUCAUCGGCUCGUCGACAUCAGCCGCGACACAUGUUUCCAUCAUUUGUGCAACAAGCACAGUAGUUCGUCUCCUGGUGGGUGCGCUGACGGAUCUCGUGGCGCCGACGCCAGAAUCACAAUAUGUGCAGAUCCCUUCGUCCCAGCCUCCUCGCACGAUCCUACACCGGAUGAAGUUCUCUAUUUCUCGCGUCACAUUCCUACUCUUCUUUGCACUUCUCAUGUCCAUAGGCUUGGCCGUGCUAGCCUCGGGCGCGAUACAAAAUCACGGCGAGCGAUUUUGGAUCGUUUCCAGCCUCAUCGGUGCUGGGUAUGGAGCGCUCUUCAGCAUUACUCCGAUUAUCGUGACGAUAAUCUGGGGCGUCGAGAACUUUGGUACCAACUGGGGCAUCGUGGCGACAUUCCCAGCACUAGGGAACACGCUCUGGGGACUGGUCUACUCGGCUGUCUACCAAGCUGGCGCAGAAAAGAGCCCCAACCCACCAGAGGCAGGGAAUGGCGACCUCUUCUGCUACGGGACUCAGUGUUAUGCCACCGCUUACUGGGCGAUGGCGAUCAGUGUCUGGAUUUCUUGCCUACUAGUGCUAUGGGCCUGGAAGGGAAAGAAUGGAUGGUCCCAGCGAGGUAUUGUGAUUUGA